UGCGCCGCCGCCGCCGCCGCCUAGCCGGCUUCGCCGCGGCCGGGGCCGGAAGUGACGCGCGGGCGCGAGAGCGGAAGCGGCGGCGCAGGCUCGGGCGGGUCCCCGGUGCGCGCAGCGGGCUCGGCUCCCUCCGGCCACGGCGCCCUGAGAGCCCCUCCCCUCCCCGGCACCGACAUGAUCCUGCUCGAGGUCAACAACCGCAUCAUCGAGGAGACCCUCACGCUCAAGUUCGAGGGCGCGGCCGCCGGAAAUAAACCAGAGGCAGUAGAAGUAACAUUUGCAGACUUUGAUGGAGUCCUUUACCAUAUUUCAAACCCCAAUGGAGACAAGACAAAAGUGAUGGUCAGUAUUUCUCUGAAAUUCUACAAGGAACUCCAGGAACACGGUGCUGAUGAGGUAUUGAAGAAAGUCUACGGAAGCUACUUGGUAAAUCCUGAAUCAGGUUACAAUGUCUCUUUGCUCUACGACCUGGAGAACCUUCCCGCAGACAAGGACGCUAUUGUGCACCAAGCUGGCAUGUUGAAGCGCAACUGCUUUGCUUCGGUCUUUGAGAAGUAUUUCAAAUUCCAGGAAGAGGGCAAAGAAGGAGAGAAAAGAGCUGUCAUCCACUACCGGGACGAUGAGACAAUGUAUGUCGAGGCAAAAAAGGACCGUGUCACAGUUGUGUUCAGCACGGUAUUUAAGGAUGACGAUGACGUGGUGAUUGGAAAGGUGUUUAUGCAGGAGUUCAAGGAGGGUCGCCGGGCCAGUCACACAGCCCCACAGGUGCUCUUCAGCCACAGGGAGCCGCCCUUGGAGCUGAAAGACACAGACGCGGCUGUUGGCGACAAUAUUGGCUACAUCACCUUUGUGCUGUUCCCCCGUCACACCAAUGCUGCUGCCAGAGACAACACCAUAAACCUGAUCCACACGUUCCGGGACUACCUGCACUACCACAUCAAGUGCUCAAAGGCCUAUAUUCACACGCGUAUGAGGGCAAAAACAUCGGAUUUCCUCAAGGUGCUGAACCGUGCCCGUCCAGACGCAGAGAAGAAAGAAAUGAAAACAAUCACGGGGAAGACGUUCACAACCCGUUAACACCAGGUUCGCUGAGGCUGCAGUGGAGGACGAAGGUUGGGGCACUUGCUACCCGAUAAUCGUAGCUUUUAAUGUUGCACCUCUGUGGGCUCAUAAGGAAUUCAAGCAAUCGGGGUCUGUUUGUACGACAGUUUGGGGAGUAAUCUGCAGAAACGAGCUGUGCUUGCGAGGACUCGAUCGUUCCAAGAAACAAAACCUUAAUUCCAGUUUGAUUGACUUAAUUUCUUUUCUUUUUUAAUUUUUUUUUUUUCUUUUCAAGCUGUUUCGCUUUGCAAUAUGUUACCGGAAAUAAGUUGCAGUAUUUCUUAUGAGAAUAAUGCAAUAUUAACUUGUUUUCUUCUGAGUAUUUGAGUUCAAAACUCCUGUAUCUGAAGAAAUACUGUUGGGGUUCAUUAAUAAAGGAGAUCUUUCUAUCUUAAA